CAGGAGGUGAUGACGAGAACCAGCCUGGAGACGCAGCGGCUAGAGCUCUUCAGCGAGAUCAGCAACCUGAAGCUGCGUCAGGCGGCCUUCGAGAGGGAAAAUGCAGACCUGCGGGAUAAGAUUCGCAGGUCGGACCACCAGUCGGACCACGCCAAGGCACAGCCGGUAUUGUGUGGUGUCGGGCGUUCUGGUAGUGGGAGGAUAACCCCAACGGCUGCGUCCACUCCCAUCCACUCCUUCCUGGUCACCCCAGACUCACCUCAGCCUAGCCAUCAGCUUGCAGCUCAGUUGGCUAACUCCCCAUCUCCGAGUAGCAUCUCUACCCUCUCCACCAUUCCGGCUUCCUCGCCUAACAAGUCUCCUGCUCAGCCUCCCACUGUGUCGCCUGCCUCCUCGCCGGUCGCGUCCCAUGAUGCGCGGGAAUUCUUGCCUCCGAGGGUGAGUAAGACUCCCCCUCCAAAUGCUCGACGGAAAAUCGACCAGUUUGGAACCAUGCCUCGACAGCGAGAUAUUAUCAUAGGCGGAGAGGCCAACCACGGCUCAGCAACCACAGGGCGAUCCAAGGGAGUCAUGUUCGCGGAAACAGAAAUGCAGAUGAUUGACGACCUGCCAGAGGGAGAGUACGGGCACCCAACAGACGGCAUGAUGGUCCCAGCAUCGUCAACGCCCAGGGUCAAUACGCUUGUUGGUCACAGGUCCCCGCCAAUGCAUCCCAAGGCAACCGGCAUCAAAAAGAUAUUUACAAAGCUCCGCCGUAGCAGUUCUGGCCAUCUGGACAGUGAUCUUGGUGAUGGGGACUUCAGGCGAGGUGGAAUGAGGGCUACAGCAUCUGCACGCCUUGGCUGGACCUCACCCACAACUACUUUCAAAGAGCCAGGUGAACCUUUCACCAGCUGGAGCACUGAAACAAUGGAGGCAUGGCUUGGAGGUUUGGGUUUGAGUCAGUAUUGCGCUGCCGUUCGCUGCUGGACGGAAAAUGGUCACCAUUUGUCACAAGUAACACCUCAACAGCUGGAGAGAGAGCUAGGACUCCGUCAUCCAUUGCAUAGAAAGAAACUUCAGUUGGCAAUCGCGGCGAGAUUGUCUGGAAACCAACUUAACACGCCAUUAGCCCGUUUGGAUCAUGCUUGGGUGUUACGGUGGCUGGAUGAUGUGGGUUUGCCACAGUAUAAAGACGCUUUUAGUGAAGCACGUAUUGACGGGAGAGUGCUCAACUGCCUAACCUAUGAUGAUUUAGCCUUCCUAAGAUUUACAAAUCUACUACAUGUUACCUCAUUGAAGCGUGGUAUUCAGGUCUUGCGAGAACACAACUUUGAUCCCACUGUGCUGAAGCGCCGUUCAGUACCAGAAGAGGAUCAGAGAUCAAGAACACCAGCAGAAGUGGCACUGUGGACUAAUCACCGUGUCAUGGAAUGGCUGCGAACUGUUGACCUCUCAGAGUAUGCCCCCAAUCUUAGAGGGUCAGGUGUUCAUGGAGCAUUAAUGGUAUAUGAAAUACGUUUCACCUCCGAGCUCUUGGCAUCUCUGCUUUCCAUCCCAUCUGGAAAAACCCUCUUGAGACGACACUUGAACACACACUUCAAAGAGUUGGUUGGUGCGUCCAUCGUACAAGAGAAGAGGGAGUUGGAGGCUUCUUCAGGGUACACUCCUCUUACCACCUCUGCUAAAGUCAAGAUGCCAAAGAAAUCACAGUUCUCUCUAAAGCGCAAAAAGUCCAAAUCAGAACUAGAAUUUGACGACCUGUUAUGUCCACUUGACGAGAAGCCCCCUGUAGGUGCUCUACAGGACAAGGAAAAGGAGGUGAGGACUUGGGAAGUGGUGGAGAAGAUAAAAUCUCUAGAGGUGGAGAAGGUGGAGAAGAUAAAAAGCAUGGAAAAGGUGGAAGAGACCAAUGGUGAUGGCAGACUUUGCUGAGCGACUUCACAGAUCAUCCGCGCCACCGUUGAUUGGUCGCAUCACGAAGGUCUAGAGGAGAGCAAGCGCUGGCAGCUUGGCUUCCCUCACCAUUCCUCGAUCUGCCUGCAGCUCGUACCUUUGCCUAUGCCUAGUGCCUGAAUGCUAAAGUAUUGGCCGGGACACACUUUUCUUCAAGAUAAACAACAUUGAAGUGGUUCUCUGGAGUGUGUUGUCAUUAAUAUUUUUCUAUAAUUGAUUAAAUCCAAAAAGGUGCAGUAACUUUUAAGAUGUACAGCAGAUGGUUCAGGAAAAUCAAGCUAUUAAGUCACAUUAUAGAUUAGCUAAAAGAGAACCUCCCUAUUUCACUGUGCCCCACAGGCCAUCUGACCUCUUAUGUGCCUUAUUAUUAUAUAAAAGGCAUGAAGAAUGCCAUUCCAGGCAGGCAGUUUGGAGAAGAAGCACUUUUAUAAUCAAGAUGUGCAUUCAGUGCGUGCUUGUUAUCGGUGAAAUAUUUUACUACUGUUAGUUAAAACGUUGACUUUCUGUGGAUGUAUCUACUUCUUUCCUUCAGUUACAAAUACACAAUAAUAGUAAUAAAGUACCUUGCUGAUUCCCACUAGACAAUAUUUAUGUUCUUCACAUUUCAUCUGGGUGUACUGAAAUUCUCUUUGGUGGUCCCCCCAAAUGACCAGUAUGUCACUGCCUAGGCAUGCACACAGAUCUCAGCAUGGAGGACCUGUGUUUAAAUGUUUAGUCCUAUGUGAGAUAGUAAAGACUGCUGUUGAGAGAGAAAUUUUACAACAUUUUUAAUUCCUUUUUAGAAUAUUUAUAUUUUUGUGUUUAUUUUUGACAAGAGAUCCUGUUUUAUCACAUUUUACUUUUUUGUGUUGUUUAAAGAGAUAAAUAUGUGAUUUUAUCUUCAUUGUAAUUGCAUUGAACCUAUUGAUGUUAGCAGAUAUAUGUUUUAUUGAAGAAAUUAUCCACUUCUAGGUUAAGAGUACUUUCUUAAAGUCAAAUACUUUCAAUAAGUUUUUUUGGAAAGUCACUUUGAUACUUUUUUGUUGAGCAUUUGUAUGAGUUUUGUAUUUAAUUUAAAUUGUUUUAAGCAGCUUACGAAUCAGACAGUCAUUAUUUUAAAACUUUGCAUACUAUGUGGUGCAGUUUGUUUGUGCUGUGUUAUGGUUUGUGGGCGGCUAAAUUGCAGCUUAGACAAAUUAACACGACUGAUGGGGAAUAUGUUUUAGAAAUUGUUAUGCUAUGUAAUAUAGUAAGUGAUUGACAGGGGCCUACAAGUUUAUGAUUGUAAAUUGAUGUUAUCAGUGAGUUAACAUGCAGCUGUUGAGCUCUUGUUAUGAAAAAGAUAUAACUUUGAACUUUAUAUAAAAUUUUAACAAAAAAUUGUGUGAUUUAUCAAGGGUAGAAUUUUCUCUUUUUACAAAAUAAAUUUUAGAAACUGGUCUGUAAAUAGUAUAAAUACUUUUUCACCAUUAGUCACAUUUUUACAUUGUCUCAGUAAUUUAUAGGAAAUUGGAACAUUUGCCAUUUGCUCUCAUGGCCACGUCCCAAAAUUUGAUAACAAAAUAAAGUCAGUCAUUAGUAUGUUUUUUUUUUGUUUUUCUUUUUCUUUUUUUAUGGCCUGCAUAUGUUUUUUGACACAGUAAAUUUAAUGGAAAUCAGAUGAAUUCCAGUAAUUCUUUGAUAAUACUGAUCUUUGGUUAUAUGGUUUAAAAAUGGAUGAUUCUAAAUGACUGUAAUUUUGUCGAGGAAGCCCAUCUGUUUCGGUCUGCUGAUGCCAUGGUUUUUGUUGCCAUUAUUAUAAUUAUUAGUAAGGAGGUGCAGAGCCUCAUUUUUUUCCUUUCUUUUUGAAAGAGAUUUUUUAUUUGCAUAACUGACACUUCAUUUGAUAAACAUUUUGAGAAUCAAUACUGACGAAGAUAUUGUUCAUAAUAUUUACCAAGAGACAAAAUAAAAGAUUUUAAAAAGUAGCCAAAAGUUGUAGUCGUUUUUAAAAAUGAAAGCACUAAAUACAUGACUUUGAAGGCUGUAUCUUCAGUGAGGAUAGUAAAUAUUUAUAAUACUAUUUAACUGCACUGGAGCAAGUACAUUUGAAAUACAUAAUUAAGAGAGACGCACAGCAUUCAUAGCUAUUAUUCCUCAUAUCAUAGAAAGAAUAUGCUUUAAAUUUUAUAUAUUGUGAAUGGAUAAAUGAAAUUCAUAUCAGUUUCGAGUUAGCUGCCAGAUCUUUACAUAAAUACCAGUUCUGAAAGUGGAUGGCAAAAGAGCUUAUAAAUAAAGAAAUUCUGGUGCAUAAAGAGUGACUUGAGAAAAAAAGCAGCUCAAGCAAAGGUAACUAUUUAUCUGUUUAUUUAUCCUUGUUUCUUUUCAUGCAAUACUAAUCUACUAAUUUGGAAACCAGAAAUAUUUAUUAACUAUUUAUUUUUUAGAGAUAUGUUUUUGAGGUGCAAUAAUAAGACUGUUGAUGUGCUCCAAAAAUAUCAGAAUUAUCACAGGAUUCCCUUAGCACUAGUCACCUUGUUUACAAUACUUAAUUUGUAGUACAUAUAAUCUACUGUGUGUGGAAUUAUGUUAGUUUUUUUCAGAAAGAGUUUGAAUGUUUUUUAUGGAGUCACUGAAGAUAUUUGUCCCUGUAUUCAUUUUUUUGCAGCUAGAAAUCUGAGAUAAGAAAAUGACAAUUGGUGAAGAAAUAAAAAUGGUUUGAACCUGAGAAGAUAUGAAGAGAUUCAGAGUUUUGCAUAUUUAUAUAGUGGAUGUCCUCAGCUUCACAGGCCAAGACUGUGGAACUCUAACAGCACCAGUGGGGUGUAAUUUUUAGUAUACAUUUUUAAUAAAAUAACAAUGAUUUUCAA